UUGAUACGUAUAAAGAUGACCCUAUUGCCGGAUUUGAAAUCACAACUUUAGGCUAUAGAAAAAUUGGUGAGUUGAUAAGGUCAAUUGGAUUACCCACACUCUUUGUUCUAGAAGGUGGGUACCAUUUAGAAACCAUAGGUGCUAAUGUGGCAAAUGUAUUGAUGGGGUUUGAAGAUAGCGAG